CAAACUGUUGCGUCAACAUGGAACGAGCAGUUCGCGCUAUUCAAGGCCUAUUACCGAGUACCCUUCCUCCAUCUCUACGAGCAACACCUGCAAACCUUUACCAGGUGCUUUCUCGAGCACCCGGAGGCGGUGUUGGCCAGCGUGUACACCAGAUCCGUUGGACGGAGAAAGGUAUAAGAACCUGCUACUGGCAAGUAACACGGACACGGCUCAAGCUCGAGGGGAACCACGGAAAGGCUUGGGGGAAGUUGUACUGGAGAGGCAAACAAAUUAGUGGGCAGGAGGAGAGAAUCAGUGGUUCAUUGAAAUACAAAUGGUCAACAGGUUCAUCUUAAGCCAAUGCAAAUGUACGCCAGAGUAUCCGUCGUUAUAGAGUUUACGCUCAUUCAGCAUCCAAGACUGCAGCGCAGGCUUUUGGAAUAAUUUCUGUAUAAAUAUCUAAUCCUGGCUGCUUUCAAGUUGUUUGGAAUGCGGCUUUCACGCUGGCCCAAGUAGCAUUGUGCCAGUCAUUUGGCUCCAUCGACCGUAUUUCUACCUCUAAUCCUACUGAGAUAAAUGUGCCAAAUAAAAAGGAUUCUGGUUUCA